AUGGGCAGCCCCUGGAACAGCAGCGACGGCGCGGAGGGCGCGCGGGAGCCGCCGUGGGCUGCGCUGCUGCCAUGCGAUGAGCACCGCUGCUCACCCUUCCCCCUGGGGACGCUGGUGCCGGUGACCACCGUGUGCCUGGGUCUGUUCGCCGUCGGGGUGAGCGGCAACAUAGUGACGGUGCUGCUGAUUGGGCGCUACCGGGACAUGCGGACCACCACCAACUUGUACCUGGGUAGCAUGGCCGUGUCGGACCUGCUCAUCCUGCUCGGGCUGCCCUUCGACCUCUACCGCCUCUGGCGCUCACGGCCCUGGGUGUUCGGGCCGCUUCUCUGUCGCCUCUCGCUCUACGUGGGCGAGGGCUGCACCUACGCCACGCUGCUGCACAUGACGGCGCUCAGCAUCGAGCGCUACCUGGCCAUCUGUCGCCCGCUCCGCGCCCGUGUUCUCAUCACGCGGUCCCGUGUCCGCGCGCUCAUCGCCGCGCUCUGGGCGGUGGCUCUGCUCUCCGCUGGCCCCUUCUUCUUCCUCGUGGGCGUGGAGCAGGACCCCCGCUUCGACGCGCUCCCGGACCUUAACGGCACCGCGCAGCUCACCCACUCGCCCCGCGCCUCGUCACCACCGAUGCCGACGCCCCUCGGGUCCUUGCGGGAGCCAACUCUGUCCCCGCCCUCGGGGCGCGAGGCGGCUGCGACCGCGGCGCUGUUCAGCCGCGAGUGCCGGCCGAGUCCCUCGCAGCUGGGCGCGCUGCGUGUUAUGCUGUGGGUCACCACCGCCUACUUCUUUCUGCCCUUCCUGUGCCUCAGCGUCCUCUACGGGCUCAUCGGGCGGGAGCUGUGGAGGAGCCAGGGGCCGCUGCGAGGCCCCGCGGCCUCGGGGCGGGAAAAGGGCCACCGGCAGACUGUCCGUGUCCUGCUGGUGGUGGUUCUGUCAUUUAUAGUUUGCUGGUUGCCUUUCCACGUUGGCAGAAUUAUUUACAUAAAUACGGAAGAUUCUCAGAUGAUGUACUUCUCUCAGUACUUUAACAUUGUUGCAUUGCAACUUUUCUAUCUAAGUGCAUCCAUUAACCCAAUCCUCUACAACCUCAUUUCAAAGAAGUAUAGAGCCGCUGCCUGGAAACUACUGCGAGCGAGACAGUCCACACAGAGAAGUUUCUGUAAAAGCAAAAACACAGAGGGCACCACAGGAGGAGGCAGGGCUGGCUACACCGAGACCAGCGCUAGCCUAUCGACGCCUGCCAGCAGCUCUGCCAAGCACAUCGCCUCCCUCCACGGUUCUGGGACUUCAGAGAAAACAGGUCUGUAG